AAUGAAAAAUUUAGCAUAGAAUGUGUAAAUAUAAAAAGUUAUCAAAACAGUAAAUGAAUUAAGAGAAACAAUUGAUAAAAGGAUAUCAAUAUCUGUUGGACUAGGUCUUGCUUUUGUUGUGAUUGGAUUUAAAUUAUUAAGAAAUAAAGGAGAAGAUUAAUAAUCAAUACAAUAAUAAUCAGAAGUAGUUGAUAAAUAAUCAUAAAAUUCAAAUAAUUCUGAAGAGAAUGAUAUUAUUGAUAUUGAAGAAACUAAAUAAUAAGAAAAAUAACCAUAAUAAUAAAAGCAAAGUGAACCAAAAUAAAAGAAAAAAUAAAUUAUAUAAAAAAUUAAUCAAAAAACAAAAAAAUAGUUUUAAACAGAUAAUGAAAUGCCUGCACCUAAAAUAGUUUUAGAAAAACAAAAUUCUAUAAAAUAAGAGAAAAAUGCAGAUGAUAAAUUAUUUUUCUAAAUUUACUAAAAAAUGAACUAAGAAGCAUCAAAUGAAGAUUCAUGA